GGUUCACGUGUGCAGUCUACACCUUCACGUCUUUCACUUGACGUUGGCAGCUGCAGUGAUGCGGAAUAUCGUACCGGUGAAGAUUUAAUUGUGAAAAUAGUCCUGUCUUCGUGCGAGGAUAGUGGCAUCAAUUUUCUCCCAGAUGGUAGAUUGUCUGAUCUGGAGUAUGUUGACGACAUUGUACUGCCAGGUGAAAAUACAGAAGAUAAUGCAGUAGAAGAUGGUGAAGUGGCUCAUUCCGAACCACACAGCUCUCUAACUCGAGUACAUUCCCUCAGUCCCGGUGGUUCACGCUCGCCUUCUUUAGCCGUGCAUGAUUUGCGCGGUUCCGCUCGUCGUAGUGGAACAUCUCGACGAAGUCUAACUUUGGCACCGUCUACUACCCGAGAAAAUCGCCCCACAGCUCAAGGCACUCUUUCUAUUGGGAACCAGCAAUCUGUCAUGGACGAGGUUCGUGCGGCACAAACCAUGUACUUGAGGCGUCGUCAAGUUAGCCUGGAGGAUACCGUGGCUCAUUCACCAAGUGGAGCUGAUUUGGUAUGCCCUUUUCACAACUUUUUACGGUUGUUUUGCUACUUGUUUACGGAUAUAUAUAUAUAUAUUAUUAUUAUUACACACUUUUUUAAUGUGAUGAACAGCAGAUGGAGUAACCCCCAUGGUCACGAGUAUCUGUUCUUCAGUGACAGAAAGCGGUAA